AUGGCGGACGGUGCACACACCUCAGCACCUUCCAGGGCCGAGCAAGACAUGGAGCUUCGACUCACCUGCAUAUUUAACGCCUUCUGGGAGCGGCUGGAAAAGAUCAUGUGGCCCUCGAAACCUGGGACCCAACCGGAAGACAAUUCACGAGACCCAGCACAGGAGGCCCCAUUAAGACUCCCGGCACGCACCGCAAGCUCCCUCCCCAGGCCCCACGAGCUCCUUAGAACGACCACCCCGCUACCAAAGACCCAGAGCAUCACUAAGGGCAACCACAGCCGGACUAAAACAAAGCAUACCGGGGGCACUCCCAUACAGCAGCAGCGCAGAAAACAGCCUCACCGCCCGGCAGCAACGCAGCCUAAGAGAGGUAAAUACAACAGGUCCUACUGCUAUCCUCAGUUGGGGACGGACGUGGACAUUGAGCUUACCGGAGUCGGUCAGGAGUUGCGACUCACCCUCACCACAGCAUGGAACAGGAGGGAUUACUUGUCUUGGAGCCCAAACGGAAUGCCUGCUUGCCUCCUUCAUUUGCCGACUAUGGGAGUCGGGUGA